CUCAUGUGAACUACUUUGCAGGGUGACACCAAGCGCGCCAGGCCACUGCUAGCACCAGCGUUUGCAAGGAAGAUACUCGCUUGACUUCGCUCGCAGGCCCCGGGUUAACGCCACCGACCGCCUCCUGCCUUGGUGGUUUUGGCUUAGGCCACAUCGCCAUCAAGAAUCAUUGACAGAACGCGACCGUCGACGGAGAACGGAGAUACUGGUCCAGCUAAAAUCGCCCGAGAAGUCUUAUCUGAGCUCGAGACUGGUAUCCGACUUGGUCACUGAGUCACAGAAGAGCUUCAUUUGGCACCAAGCCUGACUCCAGCCUGUUCCCAGCAGCAUCUUCCCAUAACACACGCCCUUCUCCCAUCCAAGCGCGCUCUUCUCCUCGCCGGUUUCGACAUGUAGAGGAUGUUGAUAGGCUCUGCUAUCAAAUUGGACAUCCCCGGCGCCCAGUGCCACUCAUCAACAAUCGUACACACGACGGCUGCGACUGAUAUGGACUCGAGCAUCUCCGAGGACCGCGACGACGAUACUGAAUCAACAAUGUCUGAUGUACAGAUCGGCAGUCCCGCACCUUCCCUCUACUCUUUCUCCUCAUCGGUAGAUGAGAGAUUCAUGCUACGUAGCGUAUACGGACGUAUACUGAACAGUCAAAAUGACACAUAUUUCCUCCCGGCGGAUCUCGAAGAGCACAGACGCCUGGAUAUACAACACCAUCAAUACACAUUAAUUCUCGGGCGGCUGUAUCCUGCCCCGGACUUGGUAUGGCGAGCCUUGAGACCGCGUCUCGAUCGUCGACCUGCAAUUCUCGAUGUCGGCACGGGAAGUGGGAGCUGGGCAGUAGACAUGGCCCGAGAGUUUCCCCACUGCGACGUAGUUGGCAUUGACCUGGCACCACCAAGAAUAGAUGGCAAAGUACCUAGUAAUUGCCGGUUUGAGAUCGACGAUGCGAACCUAGGGUUCCCUCAUUACACCGAGUCCUUCGAUGUCGUACACGCUCGAGCGAUUUCGGCAGGUAUCCGCGAUUUUCCUUGCCUACUUCGCGAGCUAGCGGGGACUCUCCGGCCUGGUGGAAUAUUGCUUCUAGGGGACGGCGAGCAGCAGUUGUAUGACGAAAACCAGAGACCAAUGGCCUUCACGGAUCCAGACGCACCGAGUAUUUCCUGGCUUCAAAAGGUGUUCUUCGCCACCUAUAACGCGAUGAAGAAUCGCGGGGGGAACAUCGAUUCGCCAUCCAUGAGUCCGACCUGGCUCCGUGCCAUCGACUGUUUGACAGACGUCGGCUGGCACAAAGAAUUCAUUCCCAUAGGACCUUGGGCAUACGAGGAUGAACGGGAGCGCGUCCUGUCCGAACUAUGUCGCGAGAAUUGCCUGAGGUAUAUUUCUACCCUAGCUCCUCUGCUUCUGAGCGAAGGGUAUCUUCCUGAGAGUGUAGAUCAGAUGUGUCGAGAAGCUACUGCGGAACUACGUGAGCUUCGCACGCGUAUCUACACUCGCUGGAAUUUUGCCUGGGCCGUGAAAAGACCUCCGAUCGGGACCGGUGUCAACAACGUAGAACAUUGACUCAGAGGAAGGGAAGGACACACGCUCCAGCUGGGAUAUGCUACUGCAUGCCGGCAUAGAUUGCUCCGCCGAGUCUUCGGGAUGUCAUUAUUGGGACUGUCUAUUUACUCGUUUCAUGUACCGCUCUCGCUGCAUAACUUAUUGUCGUAUGGGUUGUAUCGAACUACGAACUUGCCUGGGGUAGGUCGAAGAGCACAGAGAGCCCGGAGAAUGGUUUUCCUGCCCCUGGGAAGACUCGAAGCUACGGUUAUUGCCCCUGUCCUGUAUCUCAUAAGUACUCGAGUCCUGGAUUGUUCCCCGGUAUACGUCUGAUCGAAUCGUUACUUGCUCUUUGCAACAGUGAUACCAUUGGCGAGCAGAUGUGAACCACCAC